UCAUGCGUUGAGUCCAUUUAUUAUACGUGGCAUUACGUUUAACGAUUUUAAAUUGACGUGGAUAUCAAAAGAGGAAGUUAAUUUUUACAACCUAAGGAUACGGAAAGCCAAUGAAUACAGGCUAUUUAUAAACAUUACUGGUUAUUUCGAUGAAAAUCUAAUGCGAACAUCUGCAUGUAUAAUAAACACAAUUUAUACAAUAAUUGCUGUAAGUAUUAAUCAGGUUAAACAUAUUCCUCACAAUCGAACUUUGGUACAAGAGAAGGAUUUACAAGGAGGUACCAAGCAGAAAUACACAAACAUGGAAGAUGUCAGAGUGCUUGAUGAAAUCGAGGUGGAUUCGAAGGUAGACAGUACGACGUCAGAAUCUGAAGACUCGGAAGAAGAAAUCGAUGUGAGCAUAUUUGGAGACUCCAGUGGUAUUGCCGAUGUAGUGCUAAUAAUUGAAGGCACUAGUAUUCCGGUUGUCAAGUCUGUGUUGUCCAUUGCCUCACCCGUCUUCAAAGUAAUGUUUACUGGAGAUUUCGCAGAGAAAUCGCAAAAGGGGAUCGACCUGCCGGGGAAAGACCUGCAGUCAUUUCUUUCGUUUUUACGAUGUAUCUACCCUGAUCAUAGAGAUCGUGUGACAGAUGAUACUGUUCUUACAAUUCUACCUUUGGCAUCAGAGUAUCAAGUAAAGAAUCUGACAGCGGAAUGUGAAGAUUGCCUGAUUUCUUUGAUCAGGCGUAAAAUAAAAAGCAAAAAAUCCAUAAGCUGUAAAGAAACAUGCAAGUAAUUGAACAUUGCAGAAAGAUUUCAUCUCAAUGCCCUGACACAACUAUGCAUACGAUGGGUAGCCAACUUUAAUCUAGACACAAGGGUAUCCGCUCUCGAAUGUCAUGAAAUAUCGGACGAAUCCAAAACCGCAAUAAUAAUCAGAGCAUGCAAAAGA